CUGUUGUUGCAUUGCGAAAGUCACUGCCCCACCUCCAAAUCUUUGAAGUGCCUGAGAACAGGGACCCCAAUGUGAACAUGCCCACCGGGAUAUAACUCCAACUAUAUAUCAUCCAAGUGAUCCGCAAAGGAAAUUUUUGGUUUUCUGCCUCCGAGUCGCAUGUCAUUGUUUCGCCUCUCUGCUUCUCCCUUUAAAGGAUCCAGGGUUCCUUCUCUUGUCGCAAGCUUCCAAUUUGCGUCAAACCACUUCUCAAAACCUACAUUGUUGAACCCUCGAUUACUCCGCACGAUGGCGACUUCACAAUCAGGAAAGGGCACAAAGACCGUGUUCACUUUGAACACUGGUGCUAAGAUGCCCGGUGUUGGGCUUGGUACCUGGCAAUCCAAACCCAACGAAGUCCGCGAGGCAGUCAAGAACGCUCUGCAAAUCGGCUACCGUCACAUCGAUACCGCUCUUGCAUACGGCAAUGAAGCAGAGGUUGGCCAGGGAAUCAUCGACUCGGGCGUUCCCCGCGAAGAGAUCUGGAUCACCACUAAGCUCGACAAUCCCUGGCACAAGCGUGUCAACGAAGGCAUCGAAUCCUCCUUGAGAGACCUGAAGACGGACUAUGUCGAUCUCUACCUCAUGCACUGGCCCAGCUCGUCGGUUCCUGAGGAUUUGAAGAAACACUAUGACGACUGGAACUUCAUCGAUACCUGGCGUGAGAUGCAGAAGCUCGUCGGCACCGGCAAAGUUCGAAAUAUCGGCGUGUCCAACUUUGUGAUUUCCAACCUCGAGAAGCUUCUGAAUGCGCCCUCAACGAAGAUUGUACCGGCUGUGAAUCAGAUUGAACUUCACCCUAACAUGCCUUCACCAAAGACUUUGGCAUACUGCAAAGAGAAGGGAAUCCACUGCACAGCGUACUCCUGCUUGGGCUCGACGGACUCACCUCUGGCCCACGACCAGACUCUCCAAAAGAUUGCGGACGCACACGGCAAGACUCCUCAGCAGGUGCUGUUGAUGUGGGGACUUCAGAGAGGUACCAGCGUCAUCCCGAAAUCUGUCACCAAGUCGCGAAUUGAGGCAAACUUCCAACUGGACGGUUGGGAACUGACACAAGAGGAGAUGGAUGCGCUUAGCAAUAUCAAGAGCCGCUUCAAGGUGUGCGGUGAUUCUUGGUUGCCCAUCAAAGUCUUCUUCAACGAGGAGGGAGAUGGUGGUGACGUUCCUUCCCAUUAGCUGUGUCACCGCUGGCAACCUUGGAGAUAGCAACGAAGCAUGGUGGCCGAUGUUCUGCGGAAGACACCUUCUGCGGCGUUGGGAAAGUAACAAGCGAUGAUUUGAGUACGGGGUUUUGGCUGAAAGAGAGAAAUGUCGCACAAUAUAUCGUGAAUCAUAGAAUCAGGUAUAGAGAAGGAGAGACCCUCAUCCUUCCUGCGGCAAGAGAUUCUCUGCGCAGCCAGGCUCACAUUACCCUCUGGAGAUGGCUUUCUUUGCCAUUCUGGUACAGGCGUGCAUUUUCGGCUUGCUGCAUUAUUUAUCAAGAUUUCAUCGGAGCUCGGUGCUCCGGCAACUCUCUUUAUAUGGUUGGUUGCGAUUCGUCUAGAGUAGUACGGACGUA